AUGUGGCUGGUUCUGGCAUUGAUGCUGCCACUGGCUCUCUCACUGGGCAGUGAGGUUGAAUCAGGCUGUGCUGACUGGAGUUUAGACCCUUCAAAGCAAGCAUGCUGCCAGACAUGCAAACCAGGAAACCAACUGGUGAGACAAUGUGGUUUGGACCCCCAGACGCUGUGUGCACCCUGUAUCAAUGGAACAUAUGCCACCGAAGGCAUACCGAAGAGCUGUCUGAGAUGCACUCAAUGCUUAAGUCCAAUGAGAGUUAAAACUCCAUGUACUGCGAGCAGUGAUACAGUGUGUGACUGUGAUUAUGGAUUCCGCUGUGGUGACCAAAAGUGCUCCUUCUGCAUCCAGGUGUGUGGUAAAGGAGAGGAGCCAAGUAACCGAAGAUGCCAGCCUUGCCCUGCAGGAAAAUUCAACAAUCAGACCCAUCAGCACUGCAUCAGCUGGAGCAGCAGCUGUCCAUUUCCAAAUCAGAGGAUAAUCGCAGCAGGGACCGCCGUCAGUGACAUUGUGUGUGCAGAUGUAGAACCCACCCUUCUGCCGCCAGAUGUUAAACCCACUGCAAUUCAACAAGACAGCGAAUAUAUCUCUCCGGGACUGACACUGGCCAUAGCUGUCAUCUGUGCCUGUUUGAUUCUCUGUUCAACUCUACCAUUCUGUGUAUUACUUCAUUAUAAAAGUAGAAAGACACUGAAAACAGCACCAAUACAUGUGAAAGCCCCAGCAGGGCGGAGACAGGUACCAGAGCCUGAGCAAUGCAGUUUCUGUUUUCCACAAGAGGAGCGUGGCAGCAACAGUGAGUCAUCAUUAAUCAGCGAUGAUAAACCCUUCGAGCUGGUUGUAUGAUACUGUGCAGUAGCUUGUUGCAUUUUAGGUCUUGUAUAGGUUUUAGAAAUUACUUAAUUAUAAAGAUUGGUAAAAUGUGGCUUUCUUAAGUAGGAUAUUU